AACCGGCACACUUCCUCAAAAUUAUUUGCGGGUUCUUAUCCUAACCAACCAACUUGCUAUACUAAAAUAUUAAUAUCUAUUUUUAACAACUCUCUUUACUAUGGGUUGAUGAACCCAACGACAGAGAACGUAUAAUAUAUAUAUAUCUGCCAACGAUUGUUUUUUAAUAUUGUACCAGGGACGACUUCUGUACAUUUUCAAACAUGUUUCUUAUUCAAUUUCUACCGACUAGUUCGAUAGGCAAUAUCUUUUAUAGGCCGUUCGGGACAAAUCAUAAUCAUAAUUCUAACCUAUAAUUUUUUAUUAUAUCGAGCAUAAUAAAAAUAAAUUAAAAUUAAGUUAACAAUAUCACUAUUCCUACAGACCCUGGGGUAUUAAAUAAUUCACAGACCAAAUGGCAGCUCAACUGUUUACGAAUAGCUAUAAUCAAAAUAAAAGCAGUUAGUUUGCAUAUUUCUUGCCUCCCACGAUAACAGCUGAUUUUACACAUUUCUUUACACACAGAUUUCUUCCGCAUUUCAGAAUUGACAUUAGUUUCUUGCUUUUCAUUGAGUUUAUUUUGUUAAAUUUGUUUAAUUUAAUUUCGCAUAUAAUUUGUGUUUGAGUUUUGUCUUAAAUCAUGUUUUAUCUGCCAUAAUAAUAAUUGAACGGCAUGUCGGUGUAUGGCCAGGAAAAUCGGAUAUUUGUAUCCGAGGAUGCUGAAGAUUUAGAUCGAAUUGAAGUGAUUACUACAUCGACGACGUCAUCGCACAGCGAACUAUUUACGCAACUAGCAGGCAGCCAAAAUUUGCUUACUACAAGUGGUAAAAAUGAGCAUUUCGGGAUUAUUGCAAGCGCUACGUGCGAAAAUGAUGCUAAAAGUAAGCAAAGCGAUUGUGGCGGCAGUCGCGAUGGUACUGGUACUGAUGAGCAAUGUGGCGAUGAAUCCAUAGAGUUGAUUAGUAAUUUUGGCACACUUCAAUUUCGGCGCGCUACCUCACCAUUGGCAGCGUUGGCUAGUAGUUUCAAUCGUGGAGCGACACCUACGAAUAUGGUACGACGUUGGUCACAGACUUUAACGCGUUUUGAUCGUAAUAAACACGGCCUACGAGAGAAAACUGCCUAUAAAAUACCCUCGCCUAGGUACUUGCUAGUUGAUGAAAAGCAGAAAGCAAAUAGUCGUGUUAAUGUUAAAAAUGAAGUUGAAUUGCUGGCACAGGAAAUCGAACAGCACGAUGGACUCAUGCAAGACACAGCGCUCAGUCAUGAGCAUAGACUUGAAACCCUCCGUGCCUUACCACAACCACUUGCCAUUAAGCGUCUACUUAAACGAAAAUUAGCCAUUAGCAUUGAACAACAUGCAAUCGAGGAGACGCGUUGCAGCUGGUGUCAUAAAUUGACAAAUGCUUUCGUAAGUUUUCUCUUAAGAAGUUGGAAACUCAUUGGUGUUAUAAGCCAUUCUUUGGAAAUAUGGUACGAUGAGAUUAAGACUAUCGAAGGACAUUUCGGCUGCAAUGUCAGUUCAUAUUUCAAAUUUCUACGUUGGCUCUUGUUACUAAAUCUAUUCGUGUUGCUCUGCAUUGUCAGCUUUGUCAUAUUUCCACAAUUACUCUACAAUGCGAUAGCAAACGAUAUGAAUCUCAAUGAAACAGUAUUAGCUGAUAAAUAUGCGAGAAAUGCUACUGAGACUGCUGGUGAACUAUUCAUACAUCUGUUUACUGGAGAGGGUUAUCUGCAGAAUUCAUUAAUCUUUUACAGCGGCUAUAGUAAUGCAACAUUUCGUCUACACCCGGCACUUAGUCAAUAUAGCCUACCGCGUGCAUACUUUAUGACAAUGCUCGUGUUGUACUUAUUUAUUUUCAUUGUGAUUUCCACCAAAAUGGCGCGCGUUUAUCGCAUUAGCUUCAUUCAAGCCGCAGGCGGUGGCAGAGCCAUACUGGUGGCUAAAGCCUUCUGCGCUUGGGACUUUGGCAUUUCGAGCCGGAAAGCGGCCGAAUUGAAACACGUUGCGAUUUUUUCUGAAUUCAAAGCCGUGCUUAAUGAGAGGGCUGUGCCCAAGCGUAAGCCUACCGUUUGGUGGCAAAUUUGGAUCCUUUGUUCGCGCGCCAUUGCGCAUGUGCUAGUUGCUACCAUAAUAGGCGGUGCCGGUGUGGGCGUGUGGAUUUUGUUGAAAGAACUUGACUCGACUGAUGACGUGUCUGGCUGGCGAACUCUUUCAACUGCUGGUAUACUAAAUCUCACAAUGUUGCUUAUGCAAUCUGUAUUAUCGUGGAUUUCGCGCAUGGAAGAUUAUCGUUCACCGCGUCGUACACUACAUAUAGCAUUAUUGCGUAAUUUUUUAUUGGAGGCUGUGAUUAUAAGCGUGUUGGUGUACUUUCUGUUAACAAAAUCAUAUAGUCAGUGUUGGGAGACUCAUAUAGGACAAGAAUUGUACCGUUUCAUUAUCACAGAUUCCUUCAUCUGUUUAAUUAUAAUACCUUUCUGUUGUGUCACACGCGCGCUUUUGUCAAGUCUCUACUGGCCUUGGCUCGGUCGUCCCGAUUUUGAUAUUUCACAAAAAAGUUUGGGUCUCGUUUAUAAUCAAACUUUACUCUGGCUAGGCUUGCUUUUCUCACCAUUGCUUGUCGCAAUUAUUGUUUGUAAAUUGUUCCUAAAGUUCUAUAUUAACAAGGCGUUAUUGCUGCAUCUGUGUAAACCCUCCUGUCACAUCUGGCGUUCGGCGCAAACGCAAACGCUUUAUCUAGUCUUCACUUUUGUAUCAGUGCUUGGGGUUAUACUGACGCUAGGUUACAUAAUGACACAACUGCCAAUGAGUGCACAGUGUGGUCCGUUUCGUGAUUCCGGUUAUAUGUUUCAAAUAUUUAUAGAUGGUGUGUUGAAGUUACGUGAAAACCAGACGCUUUGGCGCAUACUCACCCUACUUGUCCGUCCAGCUGCUGUGGGUAUUAUGUUAGUCACACUAAGUACACUCGUUUACUAUUUGCGUGCCAAAUCUCGGGCGCGUCGUCUUAUGGUUAAGUUGCUCAAAGAAAUGAUCUAUCUGGAGGCGAAAGAUAAGGAGUUUUUAUUAAAUCGCAUUAUGAGUGUUUCGAAAAAUAAGAAUCGUGAUUGGUCGCUGUCGGAUGUAAAAUCACUUGAAAGAAGACGUCAGCGUGCUGCUCAAAUGCCACCAGCUGAAAUUCAUGUACAAAACGAAGUCACUUCAAAUCGCAGUGAUGGUUUUAUAUUACGCAGUCGUGAUGUUUAGUGUGCUAGAUUUUGUUGUUGUGACAA